CAUUAUAAUGAAGUCCACGGCCAUUUACAAAUAUUGGGCCCCAUCCCUUAAUUCCACCGCUGAAAUCAAUUUGCACUCAAAUCUGAUCUUAUGAACAAAGACACUCUCACAGUUCAAGAGCACAAACAAGGAAUCGAUUAGUGGCAAUGUCGAGCAUCAAAGUUCCUGACCAUCUUCCUUCUCCUGCCGAAGACUGCGAACAGCUUCGCAAAGCUUUCCAAGGAUGGGGAACCAACGAGGACUUGAUCAUAUCCAUUUUGGCCCAUAGAAAUGCGGCUCAAAGAAGUUUAAUUCGGAAUAACUAUGCCGAGACAUAUGGUGAAGAUCUUCUUAAAGAGCUAGAAAAGGAACUUUCGAGUGAUUUUGAGAGGAUUGUACUUCUGUGGACAUUGGAACCUGCAGAUCGUGAUGCAUUUAUGGUCAACGAAGCAACAAAGAGGUUAACCUCCAACAAUUUGGUUCUUGUGGAAGUUGCUUGCACUCGAAAAUCAAUCGAAUUAUUCAAGGUGAGGCAGGCGUAUCAAGUCCGUUUUAAGAGAUCUCUUGAAGAAGAUGUCGCAUAUCAUACUUCUGGAGAUAUCCGCAAGCUUUUGGUUCCUCUGAUAACCUCACUUCGAUACGAGGGAGAUGAGGUGAGCAAAACCUUAGCAAAAUCAGAAGCUAAAAUACUCCAUGAGAAGAUAGCAGACAAGGAAUUCAAUCAUGAUGAAGUAAUUAGAAUUCUGACCACAAGGAGCAAAGCACAAUUACUUGCAACAUUGAAUCACUACAAUAACGACUAUGGCAAUGCCAUAAACAAGUGUUAUCAAACAGCUGAGCUAAGGGCCACUAUGUCAAAUGAAUGUGCAUGUUUUCAGGAUUUGAAGGAUGAUCCAAAUGAUGAGUACCUGAAGUUACUGAGAACAACCAUCAAGUCUCUUACCUUCCCAGAAAGACACUUUGCAAAGAUUCUUCGUUUGGCAAUUAACAAGUUGGGAACAGAUGAGUGGGCACUUGCUAGAGUCGUUGCUUCUCGAGCUGAAAUCGAUAUGGAGCGCAUCAAAGAGGAAUAUUAUCGUAGGAACAGCGUUCCUCUGGAUCGUGCUAUUGCUAAAGACACUUCUGGAGACUAUGGGAAAAUGCUUCUUGAGUUGAUUGGCCAUGGUGAUGCGUGAGGAUUUGGAGGUGGAGACGUUGAUCAAUAACAAGUUUGCCAUCACCUCAUCUUGAUGUCUUCUCUUGUGUACUCUUUUGAAUUUCCUACUUGUAUAGUGUAUUAAUGGAUGUUUUGUUCAGGCUUACAUCAGUUGGCAGUUAUAUAUAUUCGAAUAAAUGAAUAAAUUUUAAAUUUGAAAA